AUGAAUAGCAUUUCAGAUAACGAUUUGCAGGCAAAAUACAACGAACCACCAAUUUGCGGCGGCGGCGGUCAUAAUAAAAACUAUGAAGAAGAAAUAAAGAAGCGCAUGCCUGCAGUCCCUGUUUAUAAAGUCUCAAACUAUACACAAGGAGAUGUUAGUACGGUUUCUACAUUUUCCGAUACACAAGCUAAAUUCUACUUCAUUACUAGGCCCGAUGCUCGCGAUUAUUUGCGCCUAACUGGUCACGACCCCACUGUAUUCAAAGUCAUUGAUACUCCUCUUUCAGAUGUUGUUGAUUUUGAAGGCUACGGUGUUCCCAUUAGGUUGGUUCCAGAUUUAUCCCAAGUCAAAAACGCCAUCCAGGUGAGAAAGAAUAGACAAAAUAAACAUAUUGCCAGUCCCGAUGAUGACACAUUUUCUGGAGUUCCAAUUUUUUGGUGCGAUACACUGACAAUAAAUAGCGGUAAAGAGCCAUACCUAUAUCAUCCUGCUUUCUUAAGGAAGGAGGACCUUGACAAGGCCCUUGAUAAAAUUCAAGGCCCGAGAGGCGUCGUUAAGGUUGAUUCUCUUGAACAUAUGAUUAAUGAGAAGAAGGAUAGCUUAACAUCCAAGUGGAAUGAUAAAGUUAUUGUAGCUCCUGGAAGGCUGGAACCACAGCAUUGA